AUGCGCCGAAGCACUACUCAAGCGGAGAUUCCUCUCCCCAUCACAUACACUCCUACGACGCAUCGCAUCAGCAAAGCGAAGAAGGGAAAGCGCGUGCACGCUUGCGAGUACCCGGGAUGCAACAAGGUUUUCACCAGAGCAGAGCACAGAAGACGACAUGAGUUGAACCACAAUCCCGAGGCACUCUACCGGUGCGCUCACCUCAACUGCAAGAAAGCAUUUCACCGCCCUGACUUGCUCUCACGCCAUAUGGAAAGACACGAGCUCGAGGCCCAGAUGGACAGCACCGCACAGUGGCAGCGCCAGAACCGCACUUCAGUUCUACCUGAGGUCUAUGUGCCAGAAUGUGCACCGGUCAACUCUCACCCGACUCCUUACCUCACCGUCGCUCAGCCCCAGAACGCCAUGUCUGUUGGGUCGCUUGUUGCACCGGCUAUCCAUCCCGACUUUACCAACGAUUGCAGUCUGAUGUGGAACGGAGUCGAUUUGCAGUCCGCGCCCCACACCCCGUUGUACCAGGGUCCUCACAUUCACGAGUCAAUUGAAGACAGUCGCUUCUAUGCUACCCCUGACACAUGCCCGUCUCCGGUCUCGGAUGGCUCGCUGUCGGUUCAUUCCUACUCUCGAUCUCCUAUGGUGUCGACGCCCGUUACCACAGUCGAUUCCUAUCCCGAAAGCAUUCUUGAGCACGACUUGUCAUCCUCGCCGAUUUCCAUGCAGUCGCGGAUGGGCUGCUGGGAGCAGCAAGACAUUAGCUUGCCAUCCAUGAGCAUGAUGCCCAUGCCUCUCACCGAGGGUCUUCUUCAGCCAUCCCUUCAAUGCGCCUACCCCUCGCCUAGCUGGUCAACGCACAGCCUGAACUAUGACGAGCAUGUGCUACCGCCUGCCGCCUUGCCUCCCAACAUGGGCUGGAAGUCCUGGACGAUGUGA